AUGCGCCAAAUUCCUUCACAAGCAAGCUGGUGUGCCCGAAGGCCCUUGUGGGCGUGCCGAAUUAGAAAAGUUUCAACAGUACCUGGCAUGGCGCCCGACUACCAGUUGAAAGUGAUGACCACAUGCUAUCCAUAUUGCAUUACGUUUCAAGGAAACGUGGAAUCGCCAAAGUACAUCAUCCGCCUCCUGUAUCAACCAGAGUACGAAAGCGAUGUGGGUCAUUACCAUGGAUGUACGUCUUACCUCGGAUUCCUGGAAAGAUCGUAUUUUUGUGACACGUGCAACAAAGGCUUUGACCAUGACGACUUCCGCAACCACCCAUGCGAGGGCCGUCGCUGUAAAGCAUGCAAGCAGACCGAAUGUGGUACAAAACCUCACGAACCCACUCUCCACUGCUCAGCCUGCAACCGCCAUUUUUACAGUCAGAACUGCCUCGCCUUACACCGCGGAAAAAACAUCUGCAUGACCCUAGUACGAUGCGGUAACUGUUGCAAACAAUUUCAGCCAGACCCCCAACAGCUACACCGUUGUUACUUUGGAAAAUGCUCUAACUGUAAGGAGUACGUGGACCUUAGAGAACACAAAUGCUACAUUCAACCCAUCCCUGAACAAGAAGAUUCACCCAAACGGAAAACGAAAGCCAAAAUCAAGAAGCAUUUAAAAAUAAACCCCGAGGCAUCCGUGUACGAAGAACCAUCCAUCUUCGUCUACGCGGACUAUGAAGCCAUGAUCAGCGAAGACGGAACACACCUACCCAUUUGCGUCUGCGCUCAAACUUCCGAAAACAACACCUCCUACACGUUUUAUGGCGACGAUUGCAGUAAACAGUUUCUGGAAUUCUUGACGAACCUUACCGAAGAUCAGUACAAAGAACCGCGUGAAGUCAUCUGCAUAUUCCAUAAUUUAAAAGGGUAUGAUUCCAUUUUCAUACAGCAUCAGCUUGUGAUAGAAGGAAGAAAAUUCGAUGUGAUGAUUCCUAACGGCACAAAGAUGAUUUCUCUGGAAGCUGGUAAAAUCACAUUUAAAGAUUCCAUGGCUUUUCUUCCCAUGACUCUGUCCGCAUUUACCGACACCUUUGGUCUCACCGAGUUGAAAAAAGGCUUCUUCCCACACAAGUUUCAUACGCAAGAAAAUCGAAGUUAUGUGGGUCCGUUACCUGAAGUUUCUUACUAUGAUCCGGAGGAAUGUCGAGUAAGAAAAAAAGAAGAAUUCGAAGUGUGGUAUAGAGAAGAAGCAGCCAAACAACACCCAUUCGAUCUCAAAGAAGAACUGCUUGCAUACUGUCACUCAGAUGUUGCGUUACUGAAAGCUGGAUGUCACAAAUUCAUCCAAGAAUUUAAAAGCAUCGCCGGUUUCAAUCCUAUGGAAAAAUGCGUUACGAUCGCCGCAGCGUGUAACCGUUAUUGGAGGAGGAAACAUUUACCCUUAGAUCUCAUAGCAAUAGAACCUUCAUCGGGGUGGCGAGGUGCCCGUAUGAAUCACUCCAAAGCAUCAUUGGAAUGGUUGAUGUGGCAAGAAUACAAUACCGGAAGUCGAAUUCAGCACGCACGUAACGGAGGAGAGUAUCGUAUCCCUGUUGGCCCUACCUCGUACUUCGUGGAUGGUUACGAUGCACAGACCCGCACAGUCUACGAAUUUCACGGGUGCCUCUAUCAUGGCUGUCGUACCUGUUACACCAAUCGCAAACAAAUUCCGUUCUGUUCCAAUGGGUUGACCGUAAAAGCCUUACGCCAACAGACCAGUCAGAAAAUCCAAAAACUCCGCGGUAAAGGGAAUCGAGUGGUGGAAAUCUGGGGGUGCGAAUGGGAGAAAGAGAAGAAAGAAACAACAGCCAUUACCGAAUUUCUAAAAGAUUUGGAUAUCGUCCCUCCUUUGAACCCAAGAGAAGGUUUUUACGGUGGUAGAACGGGCGCCGCCUGCCUGUACCAUAAAGUAAAUGAAGAAGAAAGAGAAGAAAUCCGCUACAUCGACGUAACCUCUGAGUACCCCUACGUAAACAAGUAUGGUACGUACCCUGUAGGCCACCCGGACAUCUAUUUGGAACCAGAGAAUCAAGACCCUAGAAGUUACUUUGGCUUGAUGACUGUGGACAUCACCCCACCCGCUGACCUGUAUAACCCAGUCUUACCUUACCGUCAUAAAAUUGGAAACUCCUACAAGCUGACCUUCCCGUUAUGCCGUAAGUGUGUAGAAAUUGAGACACAGAAAGAACACAUGCUGGAACGCGACUAUCACUGCCCACACAGUGAUGAAGAACGAAUGUUACGAGGCACCUGGUGUACCCCAGAGAUACAUAAAGCAAUCGAAAAAGGAUACCGACUCGUCCGAAUUCAUGAAGUAUGGGACUUCCCGCAGCGUCGAAAGGGUCUGUUCCAACCGUACGUGGACACCUGGUUAAAAAUUAAGCAGGAGAGCGGUGGCUACCCAAACUGGGUGCGGACUGAUGCGCAAAAAGAAAAAUACAUUCAUUGCUAUGAAGAAAAAGAAGGUAUCCGACUCGACCCUACCAAGAUCGUCAAGAACCCCGGAAGAAAAGCCACGGCUAAACUCAUGCUUAACUCCUUCUGGGGGAAAUUUGGCCAACAAAACAAUAAAUCGAAGACCAAACAAUGCACGCAACCCUACGAACUCCUAGAUCUGCUUGACGACCCUCUCUUCACCGUAACAGACAUCCGUAUUCUUAAUUCCGAAGUGAUAGAAGUAUCGUACAAACGCGAUAAAGAAGAUCCUUACAAAGGGAGCAAUACUAAUAUUUUCAUCGCAGCAUUUACCACCUGUUUGGCCCGCCUUAAAUUGUACGAAUCGUUGGAGAAGUUGGGUGACCGAGUCUUAUAUUACGAUACAGACUCGGUCUUAUAUACAUGGAAACCGGGGCAGACAGAAAUCGAGCUUGGCGACUACCUCGGCGACAUGACCAACGAGCUUGACAAUGGCGACUUUAUUGUAGAAUUCAUCUCCGCAGGUGCGAAGAACUAUGGGUAUCAAACAAAGAAUGGUAAAGUGGUGUGCAAAGUAAAGGGAUUCUCGCUGAAUGUACGUGGUGCCAAACAGCUAAAUUACGACAUCAUCCGCCAAAAUAUUUUGGAUGAGGUUCUUCACCCGUUAGAUGAACAAAGAAAAACGCUGGUAGUCAACCCGACCCACUUCGUCAGAAACCCCACUUUGAAAAAAAUCAAGACUGAGACUCAGACCAAGUCGUAUCAACUCGUGUUUGACAAGCGAGUUUUAGAUCAUUCGCACGGUUUUAAGUCUUAUCCUUACGGAUAUUCGCGACUGGAUGCACAAGAUUUGGAGAACAUGGACUUGUUGCUUUUAUAA